AAGCGUUACAGCUAAAGCGCUCCCUUAUGCCCACCACACAUUGUGGUCGCCAGACCAGACAGAUACUUGGGGGAGCCCAAUAGAGAGAAAGAGAGAGAGAGAUCAACUUUCCGGUUUCCAGCUCCUCCUCCGCCACUUCCCACCACCAUGGCCGGCGGAGACACCACCAACUCCGUUCUGGCCGGGAACGACUUCACGGCUGCCCCACUUCGAUUGGUCAACGAUGUUGUGAGAAUCUCCAAGGCUGGUUUCAGUGGGCCUUUCAAGAAAGACUGUACUGAUUUGGGGAGAAGAGUUGCACUGUUGGCCCAUUUGCUUGAAGAGAUCAAAGACUUCAGAGGAGAUGUUGGCUGCUCUUCUUCUUCCAGUUCUUGCCUUUAUGAUCUCUCUUUGGCCCUCCAGGCUGCUAAAAAACUGCUUCUUGCUGUUAACAUUUUGGAUUCAGACAGUUCUUCAGUAAGUCAAACUACCUAACUUUAAUUGUUCCUUGUUUGGGGGAAAAUGAUGUUGAUUUUAUGUGUUUUUAUGUUGGGGAUUUUAUCUAUUUUUCUUUGUUUUUGUUGUGCCUUCUGUUUUCAGAGGUGAGCUUCAAACGGUUUUUUUCCCCCUAAAUUAGUUCUCAGCUGUUCUUAGAUUUGAGAAUAAUCAUUUCGGCUUAAUUAUGCGAUCCGAAUACUAUGCCUUUUGCUUGUUUGAAUGCCUGCUUAAUUUCGUUGAGGAUGUUUUAAUCUGUUGAGCUCUGAGGAUGCACGGAUUCCUACAUUUUGGAUUACUCAGUAGAUUCUCUUCAAAUUUGAGAUCUUCUGUUCUUACCAAAGUCAUAACCAUCGUGGUUUUUGAGGAAAUUGAGUCAGUUGUCUAGAAGUUACAAGUAUUGGCAUUUAUUUGAGUUACACUUGAGAUCAAUUCUCCUAUAGCAUUUGCCUUGAGAUAGGCCUUUGAUCCGCAGAGCAUUUGCCUUUAUUACAAAACCAGAGACUUGGGUUACCUAUAUUUUGCCUUUAACAUUGCUCCUCAGAUAGUCCAUGAUCAAAAGUUUUCUACAUUUUGCAGGACUUUAUUUCUCUAUGUGUCUUAUAUGGAUUAUAAGCCAGCCCAUUCAUGUUUUUACAUAGAUGUAGUCGUUGCAUAAUCUAUGUCGAAACAUUUCUCAACAAUUUUUUUUUUCCCUUGUGAAAUUGAAGGAAGAGGCUACACAGAAGUUUGCCUUUCAAUUCCACUGUGUGACACUAAAACUUGAGAAAGCCUUGUCGAAUGUACGAUACGACCAGUUUGACAUUUCAGAAGAGGUUCAAGAACAGGUCGAAUUGGUCAGAUUGCAAUUAAGAAGAGCAAUAAGUAAAUAUGGUGAACCUUUAAUUUCCAACAUACUAUCCAGGGCAUCAUCACAAGCCAUGGAUGCAGAUAUUGAUCAACUUCGUCCUACCUAUGGUGCUACUGAAACGGCAGAAAAGCCAGUAUGUGAUAUGGAAAGCAAUGGUUCAGAUCAGGUUAUCCAAGAACUAGGAAGGCCCAAAAACUCGUCGACAUCAUCUGCUGCUGCUGUCCCUAAGGGUUCUGAAACCGAGCACAUAGACUCCAACAAGAGUACAGAAGAGAAUAAGAAGCUUGAUUCUUCUGUUAUUCCAGAUGAUUUUAAGUGCCCAAUAUCUCUUGAAUUGAUGAGGGAUCCGGUUAUUGUGGCUACAGGACAGACUUAUGAAAGAUCAUACAUACAGAGAUGGAUAGAUUGUGGUAACACUACAUGCCCAAAAACGCAGCAGAAAUUGGAAAAUCUGAAACUUACGCCGAAUUAUGCUUUACGAAGUCUUAUAAGUCAGUGGUGCACAAAGCACAACAUAGAGCAACCAACAGCAAUAACAAAUGGGAGGAUUAAAAAGAGUGAUGGGUCUUUCCGUGAUGUUAGUGGUGACAUAGCAGCUAUUGAAGCAAUUGUCCAAAAACUAUCAAGUAGGUCUGUUGAAGAGCGCAGAGCUGCUGUAGCGGAGAUCCGGUCGCUUUCCAAACGAAGCACUGAUAACCGCAUUUUAAUUGCUGAAGCUGGAGCAAUCCCAAUUCUUGUCAAUUUAUUGACAUGUGAAGAUAAUCAAACACAGGAGCAUGCGGUCACUUCAAUUCUCAAUCUUUCCAUAUUUGACAAUAACAAAGGGCUGAUUAUGCUUGCUGGUGCUGUUCCUUCCAUAGUCCAGAUCCUUAGAUCGGGGAGCAUGGAAGCACGAGAGAAUGCUGCUGCAACCAUCUUUAGUUUGUCUCUUGUGGAUGAGAAUAAGAUAAUAAUUGGAGCCUCUGGAGCAAUAACUGCUUUAGUUGAAUUGCUUGAGCAUGGGAGCCCUAGAGGGAGGAAAGAUGCUGCAACAGCAUUGUUUAACUUGUGCAUUUAUCAAGGGAACAAAGGUAGGGCUGUGAGGGCAGGCAUUAUUGCAUCAUUACUGAAAAUGCUAACCGAUGCAAGCAGUGGCAUGAUAGAUGAAGCGCUAACCAUUCUUUCUGUUCUUGCUGGGCACCACGAUGCUAAGGUUGCCAUCGUUAAAGCCAGCACAAUUCCCGUGCUGAUAGAUCUGUUGAGAACUGGCUUACCCCGUAACAAGGAAAACGCGGCUGCAAUUUUACUCUGCUUGUGCAAAAGGGAUCCCGAUAACCUAGCCUGUUUAAGUAGGCUCGGAGCAGUGAUACCUCUUUCAGAGCUUGCUCGGAAUGGCACGGAAAGAGCAAAGCGGAAAGCAACAUCAUUGCUAGAGCACCUGCGGAAGUCACAGCAACAGGUGCCGCAGCAGCAACACCAUUAAAAGAAGAAAGAUCCUUCUUUUCUUUUAUUUUUUUUUUAACUUUUGAUUCAUAACUGACCCCUUAUAGUGUUUUCCACGGUCUAUUUUUUUGUGAGUGUUACAACAAAAUGUGACGUUUCACUGAUGAGAAGCCUAAAAAUUAAAGGCUUCUCAUCUUUUACUCUGUAACCUGUAUCAUACACUUCAUUAAUUGUGUGUGUACCUUGAAAAUCUUUUACCACGAGUGUGCCAAAGAUUGGGCAUUUUGUUCUUGAAAUUAUGCAGUAUUUGAGACUCAUUUCCUU